AUGGAUGCGCAAGAUGCUGUCGGGUCCGACAAGACGAAGCCUGCCGCAUCACCCAAACAACGAUCGACGCCCCAGCCUGACGAGAAUGCGAGCGUAAAGGUGGCCUCGAAGUCUUCCUCGUCCGACGGCCCCUCCAAUCCAGCUCCGUCACCCACAAGAGAUUCCAAGCCGGUUCUCAACCCCCCACGCUCCGCGGAUGCGGACGACGAUGCCGCCUCAGGCGACCGUGACUCAGAUGCCGAGACCAUCGUGCUGCCUGGUAAGGAUGGUCACUCGCCUUCCAAGGUGAGAAAGGUAAAGCACGAGGACGGGAGCGAUGCCGAGGUACAACGUGGCAGGAAGCGCAGUGGCAACGGGUUGAGUCGAGACGGCGACGCUGGGCAGGGCGGGCCGCCUCCUGUCAGCGACGCAGCGGCUGCCUUGACACAACAGAAGAAGAGGCCCCGCGUCGACAAAGACACGCUUCGACCCGAUAAGCCUUUGAAAGGUCAGGAAGGAUCAAGCGGCCUCAGUUCUGCCCCCACCUCGCCCCCUCACCACCGAAGGCGAACAGGCCCUGUCGCUCACGACUCCGAGUCUGACGCCGACCGGCGAAAACGAUCUCCCAAGCUUUCCAUGAAAGACAGAGCCAAGUCCUCCGACCAGCUCGUGUCCCACAAGCGUAAAGCGUCCAGGGUUGGAUCUGAAGAAGACCCAGAGGAGCGUAAAGCUGCUCGCCGCCGACGGAUCGAGGACCGAGAUCGCGCCGACUGGCUUGCUCCCAAAGAAGGCGUCAAGGGACAACACAAAGACCCGAAAUCUGCUUCCUCAAGAUGGCGGACCGAUAGCCAGUGCCGAUCUGUCUCUCCUCCAGCGCGUACUCAUCGGAGGAGCAUCUCAUCGCAACUUCCCUCUCAACAUUCAAACGGCUUGAGUCAGAAGAAGAGGCGGCUCCCGCCUCCCCUUCGAUCAACGGAAUACCACUCUGACGAAUCUUCGGCCAGCGGCAGCCCUCAUCCGCGAAGCUCAAAGAUGAGAAACUUGUCAACGCCUGCGACAGCAGACCUCAACAUGUCGCCCGCCAAAAUGACACAGUCCAAGAAGCACGUUGAUGCGCAUGGGCAAACUGCUCUUGCUCGCGCCUGCAACAAGGGCGAGUAUGAUAUCGCGAAGCAGAGACUGGCGGAGCGACCAGGCGACCUUAACGUAGCCGAUUACGCUGGGAACACCCCGCUGCAAAGCGCAUCCAUCAACGGUUUCGAGGAUAUUGUGAAGCUACUCAUCGAGGCCGGAUGCGAUGUCAACUGCAUGAACUCUGUGAAAGAUACGCCUCUGCUCGACGCUGUUGACAAUGGACACCUUGAGGUUGUGAAGCUUCUUCUUGCUGCUGGCGUGAACCCGCGCAAGGGAAAUCUGGAAGGAGAAGAGCCUUUAGACAGGAUUAGCGAUGAUCUGGACAACGCGGAAGAGAUACGAGCUGCGCUUGUUGAAGCGAAGCAGAAAUCCAGCGACCUCCGACGAACUUCAGAAGAACACCACCACGCGGACCAGGCAGACCAACUAUCACAUGGGGCCGGACAGCCCCCGACGUUCACGGCACCCACGAACGUUGAGGGCGCAGCUGCCAAGGGUGACGAGGAGACCGUUACGAGAGUUCUUCAAGUCAAGGAGCGAUAUGAUGACCCUGAGGCCAUGGUGGCGGCUGCACGUGGUGGACACAGCGUGGUCAUGGAGCUGCUGUUGGCGCUUGGUGGCGCAAACCCUGAUCCGGCCCCAGUCACGAGCCUCCCAAGCGAGUUCGCAACGCCAAUGUUGGCUGCUAUCGGCCAAGAGAACAUUGAUGUCCUCAAACUGCUCUUAAGCCAGGCAAACUUUGAUCCGACACGCAAGUACCGCGGCUCGUAUUACUACCAGAUUGCUCAACAACGACAGGGCACCAAUUGGAAGGAGGAGGAGGAAAUCCUAAAAAACGCCUUCGAUGCUUAUAAGAAAUCCCCUCGCGAUGGCAAGACGAAAUCACCUGGCAAGCGUGGUCAGGAAUCGAAACGACCAGGGAGAAAUCUGGUCAAAGAAGAGCCUGUGCCUCAGCGGCGAAACCUCUCGAGCCCCUCACGCGACGCCGAACCCAGGAAAAAAGCCGUUCCCAAUCGCGCCAUCACAAGUCCGAAGGAAAAGCGACGAUCAGACUCCUUCACCCACCAAGACGAGCAGACUUCUCCCAAACGCGGGUCCGCAAAGCUCAAGAAGGACGAACGCUUGCCAACCGUCGCAGCUUCAGACCGUGAGGCCUCUCCUGCAACAUCACAGAAGCUCGGUUCGAAGCCGAAGAGAAUCGAAUCAGAUAUGGCGGCCUUGUCGUCAGAGGGUGAGACCGUCAAGCCACGUCGGAAGUUGGUCUCAAAGGGCGAGCUCCGUGGUGAACGAGAUAAGCAACGCCGAGCCAGUAUGGUAUCGACUACAUCCUCCGUCAAGGACCCUGCGAGCCCUCGAGAUCCGAAACAUGAUGAGACUGCCGAAAGGCUGAAGCCUGAGCUCCUCGCCGAGAAAUACCAUGACAGAACCAAGGCUCUCAAGAGGGACGAGUCUCGCGAGAGGUUGCCGGGGUCCAGCGAGCCUCCUUCGAAGAGGCACCGCUCAAGCGUCACGCCGCCGCACUCCAGCAAGUCUGACAGGGACGGCGCUGAGGGUCCUGUCAAGAGAAGGCGACUCGACACUGAAGGCAAGGAACGGCGUCAAAGAGCAGCUGAUUCUGCUGACGAACGAUCUCGCUCGACACAAGACGGUUCCGCAAAACCUAAAGCUUCGCUCCGGGAGACCGAUGGUGAUGGACAAAGGACAACACUGAAACCAAGCAGUGACACCGAUUCACAUCGCAAGGACCAAACCAGGCACAGUGACAGCGACAAAUCGAGCAUCCAUGUCAAGUCCGAGGAUGUCGAUGUCGAUAUGCGAGACGCCCCUCUCCCGAAGGCGCCGAAGGAAUCGGAUGAUGAGAAACGACGACGGGACGCAGAUGUUGAAGCCAAGGACGCGCGGCGAAAAGAAGAACGACAGAAGGAGGCCGAUAAGAAACGGCGCGAUGAGCGUGAAGCCCGUGAGCGUGAGGCUGAGAAGCAGCGCCUGGUUGAGGAAGAGGAGGCCAAGCAACGUCUGGAAGAAGAGAAGAGACGUAAAGCUAGAGAGGAGAAGAGACGGCAGGUUGAGGAAGAGAGAUUGCGCAAGGCUGAAGAAGACAAGAGGAUCGCCGAAGCGCUUGCUGAAGAAGAACGUCUGAGGCGGGAGGCUGAAGCCAAGGAGGCCGAGCAGAAGAAACAACGGGAAGAGGCCGAGGCGCAACGUCUCCGUGAUGAGGCGGAACGCAAGCGCAUCGAAGACGAAAAGCGAAGGCGCAAGGAGGAAGAAGAAGAGAAGCAGCGAGAGGAAGAGCGCCUGCGUCAAGAAAAACUUGUGCGUGAGGCCGCAGAGCAAGCCCGUCGCGAGAAAGAGGAGCAAGCCCGCAAAGCGCUCGAGGAUCAAGAGCGACGAGAGCGUGAGGACAGGGACAGACUCGAGCGUGAAGCUCGUGAGGCAGCGCUACGCCAAGCUCGCGAAGACGAAGAACGAAAACGACGUGCUUUGGAACUUCCUCCGCUCCUCCGUUGGCUGGAACAAUGUGCUGAUCCAUGCACAUUGGGCAUCGCUUCAAGGUUCCAGCAUAUUCAGGGUGUGCGUUACGACACGGUGCGUCCUGAAGCCGUGGGCACUCCUGAGGGCAGAGCGCAGUGGCUUUUCAAUUUUCAGGUUGCCCUGAUUCUAGGCGAGAAGGAUCUCCGCCUGGGCAAGUAUCCCUUAUGGGAACGUCUCCUCGUCACGGACCUGGCACAACCCGACCUCGUUAAAAGGGCCUUCUGGAGACUGGAAGCAGACCAGUACGCCCUCACUUCGCACAAGUACCGCGAUCUCGGUGCCGAAUUGCCAAACUACUACGGUGAAGGCCAGGACGCAAGUGUGGUAGGUUCUUCUGUGCUGGGAGAACUCCGCAGGGAUGCGCAAGCCAAGUUCUUGAAAAUGGACAUGUUCUUGGUCAAGCUCUCGGACUUGCUUGGUGUCAUCCCUACCAUCGCUCAUCUCCAAGAUAUUCGACUCAGUGUCGAAUAUCGAGAAGUCCCAGAAAAUGAAGCGCAAGAGCUUGCCUUUCAAACACCGAGGAGAUAUAGACAAGACCCUGGAUCCGAGCGCUUCAUGGGGUUCGCUCCCCGCAACACAUAUUACGUCAACGGACAAAAGGUUGGAGAAGACCUUCCAGGUCUCACAGCCACAAGCAAGGUGCCGUUUCCUGACCACGAGAGACGUGUUCCAAGACGCAAUGGGCUCCAACAGGUUUUCCCAGGAGAGCCUGACUAUGCGAAGCUCUGCUUGCACAGGGCCUAGGGCACCUAGUCACAUGCUCGCAGAGAGUCCCUCUCCCUCAAUCCUAAUGAGUGUGCACCUUCGCCAAUAAAGCCAAACUACCGAAUAUCGACAGUGCGCCCGAUGAACACACCCGCGGCGCCAACUGUGGUUUCUUCAACAACAGUGAGUCAGACAAGCCAACCGCAGUUGUGAAUGGUACGAACAGCAAUCAGGAAACAGAUCCUGCCUGAUAAAGGGGUGCGAAAUCAUAACCGUGACUGAUCUCGUCUGCUUUGAUCUUGACGAUAAUGAAGUACGAUCACUCAGCAGUAGCCCUGAAGCUCAGGCUUUGGUUCGAAAUCAUCACUCCCUCCUCCUGCAAGAGGCUUUCCUUUAAUGACACGGAAUUGUUUGGACGCUGUGCAUUGAGCAGUGGGCAGGUGCUUAUGGUGUUGCAAAUAUAUCCAGUAUGGCUUCACAGCAUCGGAAAGACACUCUGGCUGUUACUGGGGCGGGAAUGGCAGUGGUAUUGCCAUCCUCUCCUGUCGGGCUGAUGUACCAUUCGACGAAGCGACUUCAUAGUGUCCCAUGGUGUUGGGCAAAGCGACAGACAUGCAAUGCGUUUGUCUUGAUUUAUGUAGCCAAUGAAACACACUUUUUUUACUGU